CCAAUCCGCGACGGUCCAGCUCUCAAAACAUUGGGAUUUUAGGGUUUGUUACAAAGACGUUCUUGGCUGUACAGCGAAAGACUAGUGUUAUUUGUCUUCUGACUCUUCGUCUUAAAUAAUUUGUAUUUGAUCUGAAAAGAAAUGAACCAGUUCGUGAACUGAUUAGUGUUCGUACUAAGCAUCUCCGGCGCGCGGCAUUUCUACAGUAUCCGCGAAAAUUACAGAGAGAUUCGGAAGCAAAAGCAGCUCAGUAAUUUUUUAUCCGUUUUUUUAAUAUCCAUAAAGCUUUAGGAUCUGAAGAAGAAUGGCUCAUAGGGAUAGGAUAAGUCAACUUCCUGAGGAGUUACUCUUGAGAAUACUGUCCUCACUGCCUGCGAAAGAUGUGGUAAUCACAAUGGUUUUGUCUAAACGAUGGAAGUUUCUAUGGAUGUUAGUGCCAACACUUGAAUACGAUCACGCUACGUACCAAAACGCUCAAGGCACUAGAUUCUCGCGGUUUGUUUACAGUUCUUUGCUCCUACACGAGGCUCCAGUUCUAGAAACUUUGCGUUUAAAACUUGAUCGGGAGUCUGCUACUGCUGUAGACAUUGGAGUAUGGGUUAAAACCGCUGUUAAACGCUCUGUGCGCGAGUUAGAUAUCGACAUUAACAGCCCUUCGAUUUUGACUCCGGUCACACUUCCAUGGAGCUUGUAUGCCGGAGGAUGUAAAACGCUCGUGGCGUUGAAACUAAGUAACAUGACUCUUGUGGACGCUUCUUCGUCCUUGCCAGCUUCUUUCCCAUCUCUUAAAAAUUUGAGCCUCGUGAAGAUGAAGUACCCGAGUGAGGAAUUUAUCAACAAGUUUUUAGCUAGUUGUCCUGUUCUUGGCGACUUGGCCGUGGAACAGUGUAGUGGUGACAGUGUGACCGUUCUCGCUGUUCAAAUACCGUCUCUAAAGAGUUUAUCAUUGCGCAAACGACCAGACACGGAUGAUGACGAAGCUUAUGGUUUUGUGAUAGAUACUCCUUCUCUGUUGAGCUUUGACAUUGUUGAUCAUUGCGGUGAGCUUUGUGUCGUCGAAAGUAAUAUGCCUGAGAUUGUGUAUGUGAAUCUCGACAUUAAUUAUCGUCGUCCCUGGAAGAUGUUGAGUUCUCUUUCUUCAGUCAAGGAGCUCGAGUUAUGUUUAACAUCCUCAAAGGAAUAUCCUGUUGGUAUUGUCUUCCACAAUCUUGUACAUUUAACGAUAUGCUCAUGUGAGACAGAGUGGUUGAAUCUACUUUUGUGUGUGCUCAAAGAUUCACCUAAGUUACAAGGCCUCAGGAUUGAACAGUACCAUAACAUUCGAACUGGGGAACAGCGGCCCUGCUGGAAGGAACCAAGCUCAGUUCCUGGAUGUGUGUUAACGAGUCUUGAAACUCUGGAAUGGGUUAAAUACGAAGGAACAGAAGAAGAGAAAGAGGCAGCAGCAUUUAUUUUUAGAAACGCAAGAUUUUUAAAGAAGGCAACUAUUUCCUCUUCAUCGACGGAUCCGGUCAAGAAACUUGAGAUGCUCAAAGGGUUGUCAUUUCUAUCAAGGUGUUCAAGUUCCUGUCAUCUGACAUUCGACUGAAGUCACUAGAUCCUUAAGGGUAAAUUAAGACAUAUUCAAUAGUCUAAAUAGAAAUCUUUUCGUUUGGGUUCGUUUGCUUUGUGUUCCCAGUGGUCCACUGUUUCUGCUUUUUGAGAAACACAAAUUAAAUAUGAAGAUCAAAUCCUUAAAAGAGUCUUUAAUUAGGGGAAAUUGCCAUAUUUAAAGUGUCUUUGGUUUUCCAUUUUUUAAUGUAAAUUUGAAUCAAAUUAAAUAUUAAUUGAGCAUAUAUA